UUAGCAAGCUGCCUCACUUUAACCCUCCUGAAAUGCCUGCUGAAAGAUUCUGUGAAUCAUGACUGCUGCAAGAGGAGCACCCCUUCUCCGAGAAAGUGGCAACUUUCCGUGACAUCCAGCAAGCAGGCAUUCCCCUCUAUCUAAAGACAUCUUUCACUCAGCUAAAAGUUUCAGAGGGACUGUUUUAAAGCUUGGCUGAUCUUGACAUAUCUUAAUGGUGGACACUGCAUGCCAGCGUAUCUCUCUAACAGAACAGAUUGGGGAAUAUGCAGGUACAAAUAUCCUUUCUGCUGCUGCUUUCUCUGAACAUUGUCCAUGGCGGUGAUGGUUUUUUUUCUGAACGAUACCAAAAACAAGCCAGCAUGAAGGGGCCACAUUUCUUACCAUUUAACGUAAAAAGUCAAGGUUUACAGGGAAGGGGAGAACAAGGACCUCCUGGUCUACCAGGUCCUGCUGGCCCAAGAGGACAACCAGGCCCAGCAGGGCCACCAGGCUAUGGAAACCCAGGUCCUCAAGGUCCACCAGGGCCCCCAGGCCCACCCGGAUUUUCUGCUGUUGGAAAGCCAGGCUUACCAGGUUUACCAGGAAAACCAGGGGAGAGAGGAUUAAAUGGUGAAAAAGGAGAUAUUGGACCUGCUGGUCUCCCAGGAUCAAGAGGGCCACAAGGGCCUCCUGGAAUUCCUGGCCCUGCUGGAAUCUCUGUUGCUGGCAAGACAGGAGAACAAGGGCCACCAGGAGCACAAGGGCCACGGGGUGUCCCCGGAGAAAAGGGUGAGGCAGGUAUUCCUGGUAUAAAUGGACUAAAGGGAGAAAAUGGAUAUGGAGUUCCAGGUCGCCCAGGAGACAGAGGACUCCCAGGCCCCCAAGGCCCCCCAGGACCCUCUGGACUUGCUGGGAUAGGGAAGCCUGGUGAAAAUGGGUUUCCAGGUCAGCCAGGUGUGAAAGGUGAUCGGGGUUUACCAGGUGCACCAGGACCAGCAGGAAUCCCAGGUUCCCAAGGCCUUCCUGGGGAACCUGGAGCAGCAGGAAUUGGAAAGCCUGGAGCAAAUGGACCACCAGGAUUGCCAGGGAUUCCUGGAGCUAAAGGACUGCCUGGACCUCCGGGCAUGCCUGGAUCCCCAGGUCUUCCAGGGUUUGGAAAGCCAGGUUUGCCAGGGAUGAAAGGACAUAGAGGAAAUGAAGGCCUUCCCGGUGUUCCAGGAAUCAAAGGAGAUGAAGGCCCAACUGGAGUUCCAGGAGAACCAGGGCCAUCUGGACCACCUGGAAAUAUGGGUCCUCAAGGACUUAGAGGAAUACCGGGUGAAAAUGGCCUACCCGGGCCUAAAGGUGAAGCAGGACCUGCAGGCCUUGCAGGAUACCCAGGAGCUAAAGGUGACAGAGGCCUACCAGGAUUAGAGGGAAAACCAGGAUAUCCAGGAGAGCAGGGUCUUGCUGGUCCUAAAGGACCUCCAGGUUUACCAGGCCCAAAAGGGGACAAUGGUCAUGCAGGGCCACCUGGCCUACCUGGUCCAAUGGGUGCACCAGGACUUAAAGGAGCACCAGGAUUUAAUGGUGAGCCAGGCCCAAGAGGACCUUCUGGAAUACCUGGUAUAAGAGGUCCAAUUGGGCCACCAGGUAUUCCAGGUUUUCCCGGCACUAAAGGGGAGCCAGGGGCACCAGGAUUACCCGGUCCAGCUGGCAUUGCUACAAAAGGUUUAAAUGGACCCAUGGGGCCACCUGGGCUCCCAGGCCCAAGAGGCAACAAUGGAGAGCCUGGGUUACCAGGCCCUCCGGGUCCCCCUGGUCCCCCUGGACAAGCAAUACUCCCACAGAUGCCAGAUGGUUACAUAAAAGCAGGAGAGAGUCAAGGCCUCACAGGAAUGCCUCUUAUGAAAGCAGGAAUAAAUCAAGGUCUAACUGGAAUGCCAGUGUCAGCUUUCUCUGCCAUUCUCUCCAAAGCCUACCCUGGGGCCACUGUGCCCAUCAAAUUUGAUAAAAUCUUGUACAACAGACAGCAACAUUAUGACCCCAGAACAGGAAUCUUCACAUGUAGGAUCCCAGGACUUUACUAUUUUUCUUACCAUGUACAUGUAAAAGGAACAAAUGUUUGGGUCGCACUCUAUAAAAAUGGCUCACCAAUCAUGUACACUUAUGAUGAGUACAAGAAAGGAUACCUUGACCAAGCUUCUGGAAGUGCUGUCAUUGAUCUCAUGGAAAACGAUCAAGUCUGGUUGCAGUUGCCCAAUGCAGAAUCUAAUGGCUUGUAUUCCUCUGAUUAUGUUCACUCCUCUUUCUCAGGAUUCUUGUUUGCGCAUAUGUGAUAGUAUUCCACCUUAGCUCUCCUAAUAUUGUCUCUUUCAGACAAUUUUAGUUGGACUAUGAUGUGACACCUAUGACUGGUCAUACAAAUUAUUUGCCACAAAGGGGAAGUGAGGAUGAUAGGGUAGGGGAAUUUGUUUCAAAAUUAAGCUUCAGAGUAACUUUUUGUGCGUUUUUAGAAGUCUGUCAGAGGUUUAUUUGCAAAAACUUUGUAGU